UCCCCCAUUUUCCGGCGAAAACCUUUCCUUUCUCUCCCAUUUUCCGACGAAAACCCCACCCCCUUCUCCAGUUUCCUUUUCUUUUUCAUUCUUCCUCCUCCCCUUAUAUGGGUUUCAUCGAUGAUCUUGCUCCAAAACAACUCUCAGACUUCGACUCCUAAAUCCAUCGAAAACCCCCUAAAUCGAUAAGAACAAACAUGCCUAAUUCCGUUUUCGAAUGCAAAUCUGGGUUUGGGUUCUUCAUUUGCAUUUGGAACUUGUAUAUUCUUGAUGUUCAUCGAUGUUUCUUCAUUUUUGUUAAAUCAUAAUGCGUUCGCAAGAAUUAAAACCCCAUUUCUAUACAACAAAAUCGAUCAUAAUGGGUUGUGUUAAGUCAUCAAAUGUGGUUAAUGACCAAGAAACUGCAUGUUUCCGUGUUCCUGCACAUAAUCGACCUAACAGAUUAAGAAAGCCGAGGCCGUGGAGGCAUAACCGUCCGAUAACCGGGGAACAACUUACCAAUAUGCGCAACAUGUUCUGGCAUAACGCUCCACAUUUUGGUGGCCGACAAGAAAUUUGGAGUGCGCUUCGAGCUGCAGCUGAAAGUGAUUUACCGUAUGCACAAGCAAUUAUCGACAACAAUGGCAUUAGAGUCGAGAAUCCCUACAUGACAGUUUGCUACGAUGAGGGAGGUGCGAGAUAUGAGUUACCACUGUAUGUUUUAGCGGAGCCAACGAAUCUGGAAGGUUCUGUUCGUCGCCCGUUUGUGGUGAAUCGCCCGAAUAUUAUCGAAGAGACUCUUCGUAGGAGAUAAGAAGAGUGAUAUUUUUCGAAUAAGGACUGUAAAUCAUGAAUAAAAAUACAUUUUGUAUCGAGUUUUGUCGACUUUUAGUUAGCCAUUGAUGAAUAAGUGUAAUAAAUACA